CCCCUACAGGUCUGUUCCAGCGCUAUUUCGUGGAGCGCUACAAGUGGAUGUCCGAGCAGGUGUUCGCGGAGUUGUUCUCUCUUGGGCAGUGCCUGCCCGGCCCCACCUCCACUCAGGUGUCAUUCGCCAUCGGCACAGUCAAGAAGGGAGUCCUGGGCGGCCUGCUGUCGGGUGCGCUGUUCCAGUACCCGGGUGCCGUCGUCAUGACGGUGGUGGGCGCGGGCGCAGCCAAGUGGCUCACCAACCCGCCCGGCUGGCUGGCGGGCAUCGUGAUGGGGCUGUCGGCGGUGGGUGUGGCCAUGGUGGCGUCCGCGACCAAGGGCAUGCUCAUGAAGCUGUGCAACACCAACGUGACGGCCAUUAUCGGCACACUAGCCGCCGCGGCUGCCAUUUACUGGUCGGAGCCGUGGCUUUUCCCGCUGUGCAUUGUUAUCGGCUUCAUCGUCACCAACAUCACUGACCGCAAGAUGGACAAGACGCUCAAGGGCUCUGACGGAGGUGUGGAGUCUCUGGGCUUCGGCAUGCUGGGCGGCGGCGUGCUGGUUGGGCUGUGGAUGGCGGUGCUGAUCGCGGUGCUUGUGCUGGCACGCACCUUGUACAAGGACGGCGACGGGCCGCUCAACUGGUUCGAGGUGUUCUACCGCAUCGGCUCCAUCAUCUACGGAGGUGGCCAGGUGGUCCUUCCCAUGCUUCUGUCGGACGUGGUGAAGAAGGACAACGACGGCAACGAGCUGCCCAACACCUGGGUCACGGAGCAGCAGUUCUACGCCGGACUGGGCGCGGUGCAGGCCAUGCCCGGGCCGCUGUUCAACUUCAGCGCCUACCUGGGCUGCAUCAUGGCCAUCAAGUUCAAGUACCCGUUCAUCCUGGGCGCAGUGCUGGCCUGGUUCGGCCUGUUCGCGCCCGGCGUGAUGCUCAUGUUCGGCGUGCUGCCGUACUGGAAGCGCUUCCGCACGUGGCAGAUCUACCGCCGUGGCCUGACGGGCAUGAACGCGGUGGGUGUGGGCCUCAUUCUGGCCUCCGUGUUCAAGAUGACGGUGGACGUGUACAACCUGGCGCCGCACAAGUACGCGGCGCUGUGCAUCGGCCUCUUCGCGUUCACGGCUGUGGAUGAGCUAAAGAUCUUUGAGCCCAUCGUGGUCAUUGGCGGUGCGCUGCUGGGCCUGCUCUCUUGGGGCGCCAAGAUGCACUGAGCACCCAGUGCUGCGGAGCGGCAGCGUGGGUGGAGAAGCCAUCGUCACAGCUGGAUGAGGAUGGCGGGAGGAGGCAGACGUAAGGGCAGGCCACGGGGCCCGAAGCUGCAUCCAACACACGGGGCGGCAGCUUCCAAACUCAUGCGGCCGGCGGGGGCAACAAGAGCACUGGGGGGUAUCAUGGCUUGCUGGUCGGGGCAACCGCCGGAAUGGUGGCGGCUGCAGGUUGCCGGCGAGGCGGCUGUGGUGGGCGGGAGCGGGUAAUGGCAGUGGCAGCCGCGAGAGCGAUGGAGGCAGAUGCGCUGGAAUGGGCCUCGGGCAGCGCUGGGCUGGGGGGUCCAAUAAACGCCGAGCCUGCAGGACCGCCGCCGGGCACCCUUCGGACUGGUGUCUGGCACUCGGGUCUUGGUUUGUUUGGGAGUGGAAGUGGACAACACUACACCCACCCGAGCAUUCUGCACGCCAGCGGCCAGCGGCGGCACGGGUGCUGCUGCCGGGGUCGCGCUGGGUUGCGAGGGGCGGCGUGGCAGGCCUGGGCUGUGUGCAGAUGCACGGCAGCGUUGGUUUUCACCCACGUUCGUGAGGUUGCAGGCUCCGAUGUGGGCUGGUCGUGUGGGCGUACCGGGUUGCCGCGCGGUGCCUUUCUAUUCUUUUUGCUAGCACCCGGCCAGAUGUUGUUUGUCAACCGAGUGUUUCAACGGGAUCGAAUGACAACAAGCAGGUUAGCCAUGUGCAUAGAUUGUGGGUGCGUGGGUGGGUGUCGGACAUUUGGCCGGAACGGCUCAGCGUUUUACACAUGGAACAGUCCAUGAGCGAAGUGAGCAAGUGACGUUAAAGGAAGCGCGUGGCAUACAAGUAUAAGUAUGGGACAUGGCCAGCGAGUAUCAAAGUAAGGAAAGGCACGGCGGCUGCAUACGUUGCCUGGAGCAUGUGCGUGUGUGUGUUUGCGUGCGUGUUACGGCCUGGCGUAUGCACAGCAUGUUAGAACCAAUGUCUUAUUCUUGGGUGGUACCGUCGUAUGUCGUUGGCAGGUGAAUGAAACAAAGGUCGUACCAACAGCUCUGGCAUGUACUGCAUGCACGUGCACUGGCAAAUCAGUCCGCCGUAAUGUUGCUCGGUUGCGUUCAGAGUGCGGAAAAUGGACAGACGUGGAGGGCAGGGACUUGGCGUUGCUGUCAUGUACGGUAGACCGGUAGCGGGGCGGUGGCGGCGCUAGAUGCAGGUCCGUGGCGGUGUCCAAGUACGAUGUAGGCAAAAUUGCAGCGUGGUAGCACUACCGUACGUGCGGAUACAUGGGACCAACCAGCGGCCCUGCAAGGCAUUGCACAGCAGCGUUCAUCCAAGAAACUUACGUGAACUGAACUUUUGCUACAGCUUCCGUGCGCAUGGGCACCGUGUGGUCUUUACCAUACUGACGCGGAGCGGGUUGUAUUCCUACCUAAAUCCAGGCACGCAUGAAGCAGAAUGUAAUAAGACCCGCCG